GUUGUUGCUGAGAUCAUGAAGCCAGUUAUAGAUGGAUCAGCUGUUUCGGGGGUGACUCGACAACAUGAUGCCGACACAAGUGUGACUACUGCUGAUCCCGUGAUUAACGUCGACGAGGGCAACCAUGACCAUGCUGCAAUCACAGAGUUGGUGGAGCGGGAUGGGAGCAACGUGCAUGACCAUGUUGACCAGAUUACUGAUUCUUGCACAUCUGCUCCUGAGAUCGAUGCUGAUGGGAGGAAAGGGCUGCAAAUAGAAGCACUGACUACUGAGCCUGAAGUAUUGGAUGGAAGCGAUUGUGAAGCGACUUCUAAAGGACCUUCAGAAGAGGAAGUUGUUGCAAAUGGGCUUGGUUGUGCCAAGGACACUGCUGACACUUCUUUGGAGCUUAAGGGACAGAGCGAAGUUGCCUCUGGUGUUGUUGAAGUGGAAGACAUAGUAGGAAAGGAUGGUGAGGGGGACUUGCAUGAUGGCCGCACGGCUGUUGUCCUCUCAUCUGACGAGGAAUCAAAACCUCCUGCAAAGGAGGGAACAAAUGAGGCCAUUCGUGCUGAAGUUGUGAAGGAGGGAAUAAGCAAACAAAUUGUGCAAGAUAAUGAAUCCGUUAAGGAUGAUGUCCCUUCUGUCAUACUUCAGUCAGUAAAUUCAGAAGAUCCAGUUGUUGAACCUAAGGGGGAUCACAUACUCCAGGUAGAAGAUGCUACAGGUGAUGGAAACAUGGCAGUUUCUGAUGUAAAGGUUGCCAUGUUGGAAAUGAAUAUAACAGAUAUCGUUCAAACACAAGAUCUCAACUCGGCAUCCGAAGACAGGAGUGUACCAUUGCCGUGAAUUCGUGUGACCAAGUUGAGGAGGAGGUAAACAAAGAAGUUUUCCCUGAGGAUGCACUUUUAUCCCAGAAUGACUGUUCUUCUGUACAGACUGGAAUGCACGAGCAGUUGGAAUUACCUGGCACUGGUGCAGCUGCAGCUGAUAAAAGUGACAAUGUUGUGGUAGAGGCAGAACCAGGUAAAGAGAUGGAGGUUGUUGAAGACGUUGCAUUGCAUGUGGCUGAAGCAUCUACUUUCCAUAAUGAGCCAAUGUCCAUUGAUUUCAUUGAUAACAAGUACGUAAAACUGGAUACUGAGUUGGGAAGUUGUGAUCAUGUACAAGCGGAGGAGCGUAAUUUUGAUGAAAUAUCUAGCACCGCUAUCGAUGAAGUUAUAUCUGGUGUUUCCAUGGAACAUGGAACUGAUGUGGCAGAUGACGCUGAACUCAGAUAUGAUACAGGAGAUGCAUCUCUUAGCGAAACUGUUGUUGACCAAGGUGAAGUUGUUACAUUGACUGAUGAUAAAGCUGCUAUUGUAGAUGAAGUUAAACCCUCUUCUGCUACAGGAAGUGAAUCUGAUGUGGCUCGUGAAGCUGGUAAUGUUUCACAAAUAGUCG